AUGCCUAAGUUCAGCUCAGUCAGAAACGGUUCUUUUCCAUAUCAUUCUCAUUUUGUCAUGUCUGUUGUUAUUGCAGAGGAUCUUGCCCUCAGAGAAUUUGAUAGAUACCUAGAAAAUUUGGUGAAUAUUUCUGCUCGACAGCAUUUAGAAUCAUUGAGACAUGGCAUUUGUAAAUCAUUUUCUGAAGAUUCUUCAUCAUCUUCACAAUCUUAUAUCUCUGAUCGGAACCCUGAAUUCUAUGAAAAAGCCUCAGGCCGUAGGGAUGAAUUGCUUGUAUAUCCAAGAUCUGAGAUUGUACAAACCGACUCCAGUCAUGCAGCUGUUUCAUUCAUUUCUAAAGGCAUCGCAACUCGUGUACAGAGAACAUUGCGAGGUUCAUCUGAUGAUAUUGGAUGGUUGCAGCGCAUUCCUAGCAUGCCUUCUGUGGAUGAUGGUACAGAAAGAUUCUUGGAAUUGCUUGCAGGAAUAAGGAAGGGAAAGCACGAACUGCCUGACUCAUUUGUUUAUCUGCUAAUUCCAGGACUCUUUAGCAAUCAUGGUCCAUUGUAUUUUGUUGGAACUAAGAGAUUCUUUUCGAAGAUGGGUCUAGCAUGCCAUAUUGCCAAAAUUCACAGUGAGGUAUCUGUUGAGCACAACGCGUGGGAGCUGAAGCAAUAUAUCGAGGAGCUUUACUGGGGAUCUGGUAAGCGUGUGAUGUUGUUAGGGCACAGCAAGGGUGGUGUUGAUGCUGCAGCUGCAUUGUCAAUCUACUGGAAUGAUUUGAAAGACAAAGUUGCUGGUUUAGCACUAGUACAGUGUCCAUAUGGGGGCACUCCUUUAGCUUCUGAUAUUCUUCGUGAAGGUCAGAUUGCUGACAAAGAAACCCGAAGGAUAAUGGAGUUUUUGAUAUGCAAGCUAAUCAAGGGUGAUAUACGGGCGCUGGAGGAUCUUACAUAUGACAAAAGGAAGGAGUUCAUCAUGAAGUACAAGCUUCCUGCAGAGAAAAUUCCUCUAAUUUCCUUCCAUUCUGAGGCAAGUAUAGCCCCUGGUGUCCUUGCCACAAUGACUCAUAUAGCUCAUGCAGAAGUUCCAUGGCUUCCCCUUGCGAAAUUUGGCAAUGAAGAAUCGGAUAACAUUGUUCAAGCUAGUCACCAGUUGCCUGUAGUGAUUCCUUUAUCUGCGGCAAUGGCUGUGUGUGCACUCCACCUAAAACUCAGGUAUGGGGAGAAGAGUGAUGGCUUAGUGACAUGCCGUGAUGCUGAAGUUCCAGGUUCAGUUGUAGUCAAGCCAGAUCGGAAGCUUGACCAUGCAUGGAUGGUUUAUUCUUCGAGGAAAAAGAAUGCUAGUGAGGCCGAUGCUUCUGAAAUGUGUGAGGCUUUAUUAACUCUGCUUGUUGAGCUCGGCAAGGGAAAAGGUUUGAAUUGA